CGGCCAGGACACCAUGAGUAGAGUCUGUGAUAAACACCCGCAGAAACAGGGCUUGGUUCUGUCAGACCUCAUCCACACAAAAUCCCAGGCUGCCAUUGGAGAGCGCGUCGGCAGGAGCGAGCAGGACGCAGACGCAGGAGAGAUCGCAGGAAGGCUCCGACGAGCGCAGCGUCCAUCACUUCAGCUGAUGUAAUCAGACAGUGUGUUUGUUGGAGUCAGUUUAAUUUAACAAUAGCAACUUCGUUUUAAAAGACGCAAAAGAGGGCGAGAAAAUGGGACAUACCGCAAUUCCUAUGUUGAUGGCUGUAUUGUCCUACUGCGUGUGGGAAAACGCCGAGGCUCUGUCCAUGACUGAGGUGAAUGGACCAGGCUCCCAGGUGGCAGAGUCGCAGAUUGCCAUGUUCUGUGGCCGUCAGCUCUUGCACAUGAACCUACAGACGGGCCAGUGGGAGCCAGAUCCUCAGGGGCGCCAGGGCUGCUUCAAAGAGCCCAGCAAAAUCCUGUCCUACUGUCAGGAGAUGUACCCAGCACUUUCGAUCUCCCACAUAGAGGAGUCGAAAAAACCUGUCACCAUCCACGCCUGGUGUAAGAAAGGCUGGGGCCGCUGCCAGACACACCCCUUCAUAGUCCUGCCCUACCGCUGUCUAGCUGCAGAAGGUGAGUCUGUGAGCGAGACCCUGCUGGUGCCUGACCGAUGCCGUUUCCUCCACCAGGAGCAGAUGGAUGCUUGCAAGAGUUAUGUGUACUGGCACAACAUUGCCAAGGAGGAAUGUGCUGCAGACAAUCUAGAACUUCACAGCUACGGGAUGCUGUUGCCAUGUGGAGACCAUUUCCGGGGCGUUGAGUAUGUAUGCUGCCCAGGCCGGGGAAGCUCCAGCGGUAAAGGAGAGACAGAGGAAAGAGACGUCCCUGUUGGUCCUCAGACGCUCACAUCCCAGCCAAGUGAAAAAAUGAAUUCUAUUACCAAAGUGACAGACCCCACGCCAAGCCCUUCUCCUGAUACAGAUGUGGAUGAGGCUGAUAUGGAAGAGGAGGAUGACGAAGUGGUGGAGGAAGAGGAGGAGGAGGAAGAGGAGGAGGAGGAGGAGGAGGAAGUUGAUGAGGAGGAGGCGGAGGAAGAGGAAGAGGAGGCAAUAGCUGUGAAAGAUCCAGAGGAGUAUGAAUACCCAAUUGACUCGGGUCCCUACCAGACAUCAGACUAUCUAGACUCCUUCUACUAUGAGAAAAGCCACAAACCCACCAUCUCUACUCCUCUGAUGAAGGGAGACAGCUUUACUACGCCUCGACCCACAGAUGGCGUUGAUGUGUAUUUUGAGAAGCCAGUGGAUGACACUGAGCAUGCCAACUUCCUGCGUGCCAAAACAGACCUGGAGGAGCGCAGAAUGAAGCGCAUCAAUGAGAUCAUGAAGGAAUGGGCAGAGGCAGACAACCAGUCAAAAAAUCUGCCAAAGUCGGAACGACAGGCCCUGAAUGAGCACUUCCAGUCUGUGCUGCAGACGCUGGAGGAACAGGUUGCUGGAGAGAGGCAAAGGCUGGUGGAGACCCACCUUGCCAGAGUGGAGGCCAUACUCAACAACAAUCGACGCCUGGCCCUGGAGAACUACCUGACUGCCGUACAGUCUGACCCCCCUCAGCCGGAGCGUGUGCUGCAGGCUCUGAAGCGAUACAUGGCCGCAGAGCAGAAGGACCGCAGACACACACUCAGGCAUUACCAGCAUAUUGUGGCUGUCGACCCCCAGAAGGCUGAGCAGAUGAAGUUCCAGGUGUACACACACCUCCAUGUCAUUGAGGAGAGGAUGAACCAAAGUCUUGCACUGCUUUACAAAGAUCCAGCCUUGGCUGAGGAGCUGCACGAUGAUAUCCAGGAACUGGUCAAGGCAGAAAGGGGAGACAUCAGUGAGCUCAUGACCACCUCCUUCUCUGAGACCCGCACUACUGAGGAGCUUCUGCCGGCCGAGAGCGAGGAGGAAAAGGAUGAUGAAGAGGAAGAGGAGAGGGCUUUCCAGAACAGGCCUUACCCUCCUCGCAUUGUGCCUGCAGUUGAUGAGUACGAUUAUACUACAUCUGAGAGAGGCCCUACCUAUGAAUAUGAGGAAAGGAUCAACACCUCUGUGGAGCUCAAGCAGGUCGUCAACAAGCCUCCUGAGAUUGAGAGAGAUGAACUGCAACCUGAUGCCUUGGAGACAUUUAACCGUGGCGCCAUGGUGGGGUUGCUGGUGGUAGCUGUGGCAAUUGCCAUGGUGAUGGUGAUCAGUCUGCUGCUUGUGCGCAGGAAGCCAUAUGGCACCAUCAGUCAUGGCAUCGUAGAGCAGGUCGACCCCAUGCUGACACCAGAAGAACGACAGCUCAACAAAAUGCAAAACCAUGGAUAUGAAAACCCUACCUACAAAUUCUUUGAACAGAUGAACUGAGGUAUUGGGGCUGCCAACAAGUCAUGCCUGAUCACUUGUUUUGUCCCCCUGCCCUCGCCCUCCCCCACCCCACUCUUCUUUACAGCGGUUUCCCAGCUGCACCCCCUUUGACGGAUUUAUGAUGUGUUGCAAACAUAAAGUAACUGAAUAAGUACGGGGUGCUUCCCAAACCUGUUGUAAAUGACCGACAACAACCUAUCAUCAUUACCAGAAUGUGAAUAAUAAGAUAUGAUACAAACUCACAUCACCUGUUGUUGUAUUGUAAAACUCCUCUGGGUUAGAGUCUGAGCAUUGUUCUUUGCAUUAGCGGUGCCACAGUGUUUCAUAAUCCUGAGAACAUUCACCUCGUAGACAAGAAAACCAUCCCAGUGGCAUGACUUGACCUACUGCCCCUCACUAGAAACUGAAGUUGAACGGUGCAUAACGCUUUAUAGUAUUUAUUUUUCAGUUGUAGUCACUUUGUUCAAAUUGUACCACAGUUAGAUAUAAUGUAUCUGUGUAGAUGAGUGUGAGUGACAGCCUGGGUAAAUUAUGGUGUAAUUCUCAAUUUUAAACCCAUUAUGUGAUAAAAGGGCAAUUACCAAGCUAUUUGUCAAACUAAAUUUACCUCCAUGAGCUACUGUAAUAUUGGACAAUACCUCUAAUAUUAAGACAUGAACAUUAAGUGAGAAUGUGGAGGUGUUUACUUUGAAUGUGUGAGGCUUUAAUUUAAAACACAGAAGGCCAAAAAGACUGCACUAGUCGAUACAGAACUAACUGUAAUAAAAAAAAAUCUAAAAAAAAAAAAAUCAUGUCUUUGACUUCUGAGGAUCAAAUUGUUUGGCAAAGUAUAGGGAAUAUUCUAUUAACUAAUUAAUUCAGUGAAUGAGUUUGUUUUAUUUGUACUGCUACCUAAAGAACUGUAAAACAGAAUAAUCAGAAGUCCGUUAUUUCAGUGAAAGCAUGACAACUUGGUGUAUGAUGCUGCUGUACUUCUUUGUGUUGUUCUUGUCAUUGCUUUUGAAGAGUUGGAAAUGUCACCGUUCAAAGAGGACACUGUAAAUAACGUAAGAAAUACAUACUACUAGAUGUAGACAUUUCUAUGAUAAAUUUGCAUUGAUGUAACGGAAUAAUACUUAAAAAUAGUACAUUGUGCUGUUAUGAGAAGGAGAAACAUUUUCCUAACAUGGCUGAUUGAAAACGGACUGUUGUAAAAACCAGCACAAGACAACGACACAGUAACUUCUUUCUGAAUGUAUUUAAGGUAGACGUUGAAAUUCCAUCUUCUUUUCAGUAACACAUCAUUCCCCUAGUAGUGACCAAGUCACCAAGUAGUGAAGUUCAGCACAUCCAGCAGACAGACUACAUGCUUGAUGUCCUUCUCAUCACUUCCUGUAGCAGCCUAUUCAUUUUCACAUUCGGCAAGUGCGUACCAGAGUGCAGGAACUUAUAGCUUAGGCAUAUUAUACUGUACAGAAGUGUGCAAAGAGGUCACAGCCGUAGUAAUGUGACGUGUCAGUGUGUGUAGUAAGUCAUAAAAACAGACCACACUCAGGCAUGAUAUGCUGUAUGUCUUUAAAUCUGCCAAUUUGACAAAUUUGGAUUCAACAACAUUGAAUGUUAGUACUCUAUAGAUGCUAUAUUUAAGUUAUUCUCUUCAUGAAUCGCUUUUCACUCAAUGACUUGUGUAGUUUGUCAUGUUUAUGAUCAACAUACAUCCCUGUAUAGGUAAGUAAAAAAGGGACUGACCCCUUUCUUGACUGAUAGUUAACUGCUUUGUGUGUCAGGGUUUAUUUCCAUUAAUUAAUUUUGUCAGAUCAUCUUGGUUAAGGAAGGUCACAUCGUGGGAUGUUGCUUUUUGUUCAGCAGCCUUUACCUGUUAUGCUAUAGUAUAAGUAAUCCAUACCAAAAUCAGUUCAUAUUUGAUUUACUUCUUACUUGUGGAAGUUGUCCCUAAAAACCCUGCGUACAUCCCUUCAGAGGAAAGGUCGUAAACUUUUUGUUUGUUUGUUUGUUUGUUUUCUGGGGGAGUUAGAUUUGCUUUUACAUAAGCAAAAAAGUUUGACUAAUGGAGUUAUGAUUUAGCAUUAAUGUUCAGUUUCUCUUGGUAGGUGGUUUAAUUGCAGGUUGUGGUUGUGUUAUGACAGGUGAGGAAAAGUCAUAGACCUUGUAUAAUUUGUACAGCUACGUUAGUGAAUGAAAACGUUGUAUGUUCACAGUUUAAGUCAGUUGAUCUUGUAAUGAUACUACUGAAACCAUAGAUGAGAAUAAGCUUGCCUGUGUUUCCCGAACCACUGAAGGUUUCCUACCAGCAUUUAGCAGACUUAGAAUGGUGUAUACUGUAGUUACUCAAAUCACAUUUGUAAGUAUGUCCUCUGUCAAAUUCUAGACUUCUUUGUUGGUCUGUCCCCUUACUUCCUGCUGAAAUAUAAACAAUGUUCUUGAGAUUUUAAUUGCUGCAUUAUUGCCUUUUACAAUGCUGUGUUUUGGAUGUAAUUAUUCUGUAUUUUUUAUUUAUAUGUAAUAGUCAGUUGGAUCAAGGGUCAUGCUUUUCACCUGUAAUGUAAUUUUAGAAACUCGUAUGAGUAAACAUUGACAAGUUUAUAACGUUCAGAAAUGUGAAAUAGAGACAGACCUAAUGGCCUCUGCCUAAUUGACAAGGAGUGGCACUAAGCACAAGUACAAGCCAGUGACUCAAUUUGUGUACAGGUUGCUAAAUGUGAGACAGUGAUUCUGUCUGACUGCUUUCAAUUAUAUUGCAUUAAUUCUAGGGAUGUCGAUAGCACCAUCGGGAGAGCUGUUCUUCAUUCUCAUUCUGACUUUUAACCAAAGACAUGCUUCACAAAUGAGCAGACAGAUUUUCCAAUUUGGCAAAAUGUUCUCUGUUGUGUAAAUGUAUUUGCAAGCAAUCUGAAAACUGGUCAAGAUAAUUGAUAGUGUAAUAAAAAUGAAUGACCCAUAAAA